GUCACAACAACACGGGAGACGUCUGUAAUGUCUGAUCGCUGAUGUAUUUUUUAGUUUUUCAUUUUUCAUUGAGAAAAAUAGUCUUGUGUUAUUGCUGACGAUAAUUCGCAUUUUAUUAUUUAUGCGUUGACUAAAUAAAACACUUUAAAGUGAUUCUCUAAACAGUGUCUACGUUUGUGAUUAAAAUAAUGGAGGAUAAACUGAUGAUGGACGAUGUUUCGAGCACCGUGAGAGAAAGGGUGUUUUUCGCAGCAAGAGAUGGGAUGUCUCUAACUCUGUACGCUUUAUUGUACGAGAAAAGUACAGACGAAAUCGACGAUAUACUAAAUACUGACGUUUGCUGCGACGGCGUGAAAUGCACCCCGCUCAUCGCGGCCGCGCGGCACGGCCGCGAGGGCGCCGUCAGGAUCCUGCUGGAGAAGUUCCGGCCUCCGGUCCGGCUGGAGACCGAGGGCACUGUCAAGUUCGACGAAUAUGUUAUAGAAGGAGCCACAGCUUUAUGGUGCGCAGCCGGCGCCGGGCACUUAGGCAUAGUGAAGCGACUAGUGCGCGCUGGUGCAAAUGUAAACCACGCGACCAAAACGCUGAGCACGCCGCUUCGUGCUGCGUGCUUCGACGGACGCCUCGACAUCGUGAAAUACCUCGUGCGGCAUGGCGCCGAUAUACACAAGGCGAACAAAUACAAUAAUACGUGCCUCAUGAUAGCAAGUUAUAAAGGCCAUCUGGAUGUGGUUCAGUUUCUCCUCGAGAGUGGCGCGCGGGUGGACGAGCGGGCACUAUGCGGCGCGACGGCUCUCCACUUCGCGGCUGAGUGCGGUCACGCGGCGGUUGUAUGCGCGCUACUCGACCGCCAGGCUAGGAUACUUACCAACGAGAGCGGCAUGACCCCGCUACAGUGCGCCGCCGAGCGCGCCCGGGCGUCGGUGGUGGAGCUACUGGCGGCGCGGCCUGAAGUCUCGCGCGCGCAGGCCAUAGAAGCGCUCGAGCUGCUCGGCGCCUCUUUCGCCAACGACAAGGAGUACUACUGCCUCCGGAUGGCGUACCAAUACUUGCACAGAGCGAUGGCGAUGCGUUACGACACACGAUAUGGACUGCUAUUGAAGAAACCGGCCGAUCCUAUACCUGCUUACGAUAAUUGGAAAGAGAGCACUACACUUGAGGAAGUGGAGCGCCUCCACGGCAACGCGCACGGCCUGCACAUGGAGGGGCUGACGGUGCGCGAGCGCGUGCUGGGGCGCGGCUGCCCCGACCUGCCGCACCCCGUCGUGUUCCGCGGCGCCGUGUUCGCCGACGAGGCGCGCUUCGACCGCUGCCUCGCGCUGUGGCGCCACGCGCUGCUGCUGCGGCAGCACAACGCGGUAUCCGUGGUGAAAGAUUUGCUCAGAUUCGCUCAAGUGUUCUCUCAGAUGAUUCACAUAGGAAUAGAAUUACCGCUCACACACGUCUGUUAUGUAUUAGAAGCAUGUGCCGAGGAAUUACAAAGAGGAAAAACACUAUGGGAGAAGCCACUACCAAACCACGACCCAGAACCUUUAGUAGAGGAGUAUGAGAGCAACGUGCGGACAGCGCUGUAUCUAGUCGCUGUGGCUGCAAGACUGCUGGAAAACGAAGGGAAUUGCGAAGAAACCAAAUGCUCCAUCAGAAGAGCAGUGUUCAGGCUGCGACACGUGCGACUAAGGUCUGGUCAAACCCUACUGCACUUGGCAGCCGAUAGGCGGACGCCUGUAGACGACUUCCAUACCAGCGACGUGUGCCAAUUCCCUUGUAUGCGGUCUACCCGGCUACUGCUAGAGUGCGGCUUGGACGUUGACGCGUCCGACGACAUGCGGCGGACGGCGCUACACGUCGCGCUCAUAUCCUACCAGCUCAUACCAUGUAUGUUGACGUUUGCCACUGUAUACAUACCCGUAUCAAUACAACACUAUUUUUUAAACAGUACAAAAACUUUUAUGCAUCACCGAAUGUCUACGAAAUAUUAUCAG